AUGACAAGACUUUCAAUUCUUUUUCUUUUGACUUUUUCGUUCAUAUGUUACUGUGAACAGAGGGAGGUGUACUAUUCAGAUUUGGCCAACAAAGAAGCACCAUCCUCCUUAGUAGUGUUUUAUGAGCGUGCCUCAACUGUCAUCUCUUGUGGUGUAAAGUGUUUUAAUGACAAUUGUUGUGUUAGGUUUAUCUACAACACGAUAGGUAAACAAUGCAUGGGAUUUCAUGUUGUGGAGAGCGAUGUUUAUUUUUACCAGCAGGCGCCUUCCUGGUCUUCCGAAAUGCAACAGUUCAGAAAAGGUUGUGCUUCUGACUGGGUAGAGUUUAAAGGACACUGUUAUUUCUAUGGACAGCAGACAGUCAAAUGGUCAGACGCAAAAUUUGAGUGUCAGAACAUGUGUUCAUACCUGGUAGAGAUUGAAGACAAAGAAGAAGCUGACUGGUUGGCCAUGACGUUUCUAUACAAUGAUAAUUGCCCUACACAACUUUAUAGGGGCUGCACGGCAUGGACCGGACUUAACGAUCUGGACACUGAAGGUCAAUACGUAUGGGACCACUCGAACACGUCCGUAUUCUUUACAAACUGGCAUAGAAUUGAACCAAGCCUAUAUAAUCCGGCCGAUGCUCACACUCGUGACUGCGUUGACAUGUAUAGGACUGGUGAAUGGAAUGACAGACCUUGCUCUUAUGAAAACCCAUUUAUUUGUGAGAAAAUAAACUUUUGA